UGAACCAAUUCCCGACUCGUGGGCCGUCGCUCGUGGCGCUGCCCUUCUCGCUGAAAUACGCGCGGAUGCUGGAGCAGAUCGAUGCGUCGGACGCCGAGCGAAGCGGCUUUGUCGUCGCGCGCGACCAGCUCCUUGAGCAGUCACUCGCCUUCUUGGUGCAGCUGCCAGUUGACGAGCUCUGCCGGCGCACGCGGCGCAAGUGGUACACUGUCCUCUCACAAGCCAUUCCGUCGUCGACCCUCUUUGUGGCGACCAAGGACAAUGCGUACAUGCCGCACCCGUGCGCCAUGUCAUCGGACGACUUGGACAAGCUGGAAGCCGUGGAGCGGCUCCUUGGGAAAGCCAUCAUCGACGGCCAGGUUCUGCUGGUGCGCCUCUGCGUACCGCUCUUCAAGGCGCUGCUCAGCACACCCGUCAUGAUCCUCGACGUCCGCCACGUAGUCUCCGCGUGA